AUGGAACAUUGUCUGACAGGUCAGAAGAGAGCCGAAAGCGUGACCGAUGAAUCUUCAGCCAGUUUUGCUGCCAGUGGCCCUGCAGCUUGCACAGAUGUCAUCGAUCAAGGGCUUCUAACGAUCGAUGCAGCCAAUGUUCUUCUUAAAGGGUAUCGAACUACGCUUGCGCCUUACUGCCCGUUCGUCAUUAUCCAACCGCAGGUAAAUGCCGAGCAGUUGCGCCGAGAAAAGCCCUUCCUUUUCCUUGUCACUAUCACGGCCGCAUUGUACAGUAAUAUGCCCCUGCAGCGAAAGUUGGAGAUGGAAGUAAAGAAGAAAAUCUCCGAUUGCAUGAUUGGAGGUGGGAAAAUUUCAUUUGAGGUUUUGCAAGCUCUUUUGGUCCACAUUGCAUGGUGCCAGUAUCACUCCAGGCCACGUCGUUACGCUCAGUAUUUACACCUCGCGCUUAGUAUCAUCACUGAUCUACAACUGGAUCGAUCCCCCGAACAUCGAUUUUGGACGACUCGAGUCAGCUUCGAUGGUGAUGACGACAAAGAGAUAGUUUCUUGGGGGCGAGAAGAAAAGCGCGCCAUUAUUGGAUGUUUCUAUUUUUCAUCCGCAAUCUCUCAAAUCCUUCAAAAGCAGUUUCAUUUCCCAUAUUUACCAUAUCUCGAGAACAUUGGCAUGGAGUUGGCAACAGAUCCGGAAUAUGCGUCCGAUAAAUACCUUCUUCAUAUUGUGCGACUUCAACGUAUUUCAGCGAAGAUCGCUCUUUAUUCGGCCCCAAAUUUUCCCAUGCCUCAUGAGGCCAACUCAGGCAUCGAGCAUUCAUAUGACAAGUUGAAAGCAGAACUUUCUUUGUACCAGUCCAAUCUGCCAUUCCCUUUGACUGAAAACCAUAUCCUUUUCACGAACUUCCAUGCAAUCGAGCUAUGUUUAUGCCAAAUAGCUGUCUUUGACUACAACCGAAAUGCGCAGAGCAUUCGCCAUUACUCAUCCUAUCAAAUCGAUGCUUUGCACAUGGGCCUCGCUGUGUCCAAGACUCUGCUUGAAUUCUACGUAUCCCUUCCCUUAUGCCACGACGUUGCAUUCAAUAACGCGAUAUGGGUUCAGCUUGGUUUCGCGGCUACACUUUCCUGCAAGCUGUCUGUAGCGGCUAUGGGUCCGUCAGCCCAUUCCCACACGGUUGAGUUGUGUCGUGCGCUUGACAUUUCCAAUAUUUUGAGCCGCUGCAUUCUCCGUGUCCAAGCUCUCGUCACGUCAGAUAUGGAUGCAUCUGGCGAUAGAGAUGUGUUUUACCACUAUGAGAGGCGCUUAAAACGCGUUAAAUGGUGGUUUGAGAAUAGGACACUGUCUGGUUCCAAUAAUGAUCCUUCUAAACAUGGUGCUCAACUACCAUCUGGCGUAGACUCAUCUACCAUGGCUGCAAGUCAGCACCUUGGUGUAUCGCACCCUUCAAUGGAUGACUUUGAUUUCUAUUUACAGUGGCCGGGGCUUUUCUCCGAUGCCUCAGUCGAAGGACCUUUUGUCGACUGGGUAGGACAGCCGAUACCAUGCUUUGAUCAACAGCACUUGACGUGA